AUGUCUUCAUCUGUUUCGGGUUCGUCUCACGAAAAUUCAAAGACAACUCCAGUAUUGGUUUCUAUUCCUAUUCCUAUGUCUUCAUCCACUCCAACGCAUAGUAUGAGUUUAUCACAAUCUGGUUUACAACCUGCUGUAUCUCAGGAUGUCAUUUUCCCUCACCAAGUUUCCGAUAGUGUUCCGUUUACUCUUGCUUCUUCUAGCAAUGAUUCUAUUAGCGACAGGGUACCUCUUGUUUCUAUGCCAGCACUCGUGCUAAGGGAUGAUCAGUUACAAGUACUUAUACCAGCUAGCUCUCAAUAUGAUGAUGUUUCAAUUCCUAGUGGUUCUGUUAAUACCCAUAUUGUGACUGCCAAGUCCAAGGAUGGCAUUGAAGAACUUGAUGCAUUACACAUACAGGGUACUUGGAUUUUAAUUCCAAAACCAUGCCAUAAAAAUGUUGUUGGCAGUAAGUGGGUUUAUCGGAUCAAAAGAAACUCAAAUGGAACUGUUUCUAGGCAUAAGCCUCGUCUGGUAGCUCAAGGAUUUAGUCAGGAGCCUGGAUUGGAUUUUAGUGAGACUUUUAGUCCUGUAGUUCAGCAUACUACAGUUCGAUUAAUUCUAAGUAUUGCUGCUAUGAACAAAUAUUGGUCUUUAAGACAAUUAGAUGUUAAAAAUGUUUUUUUACACGGAGAUCUUGAAGAAGAAGUUUUCAUGAGGCAACCUCCUGGUUUUGAAGAUUCUGCACAUCCAAAGUUUGUGUGUCAAUUAAAGAAAUCUCUUUAUGGUCUUAAGCAAGCUCCAAGGGCUUGGAAUGCUAAAUUCACUGGUUAUUUACCAGCUAUUGGUUUUAGAUCCUCUCAUUCUGAUCCAAGUCUGUUUGUCAAACAUGCUGGAUCUGAUAUUGUUCCAAGGCAUCUUGUAUUCAACAAAUGGUUGAUGAACUGCGCAGUUUUUGAAAUGAAAUAUAUGGGAAAGCUUACCUACUUCUUGGGUUUACAGAUUGAUUAUAAUGCAGAGAGUGAUAUAUUUGUAAGUCAGAAGAAAUAUGCUAAAGAACUUCUACAUAAAGCAGGCAUGAGUUCCUGCAGACCCUAUUCAACUCCUAGUAAGCCACUUACUCAAGUAUUGCAGUAUGAGGGUACUCUUCUAUCUGAUCCCUCGUUAUAUCGAAGUGUUGUUGGAGCUUUACAGUACUUAACAUUUACCAAACUAGAUUUAUCCUAUGCUGUCAAUUCUGUUUGUCAAUACAUGACUGCUCCUACAGACCUUCAUUGGUUACUUGUUAAAAGGAUACUCAGAUACAUUCAAGGCACUCUAGAUCAUGGAUUGAAGUUUUCUUGUGGUCCUUGGCAAUUACAUGCUUUUAGUUACGCAGAUUGGGCAAGAGAUGUGAAUACCAGAAGAUCUACUACGGGAUUUGUGGUUUUCUUAGGUACUAAUCCUAUUUCAUGGCAAUCCAAGAAACAAACCUCUAUGGCUAGGAGUUCAACAGAAGCUAAGUAUCAAUCCUUGGCACAUACGUCAGCUGAUAUAGCUUGGAUAAGGCAGGUAUUGCAAGAUUUAAAAGUUCGUCUGCCUCAGCAACCUGUUUUGCAUUGUGACAACUUAUCAACUAUUGCGCUUAGUUCUAAUCCUGUUUAUCAUUCACGAAUCAAGCAUUUGGAUAUUGAUUUUCAUUUCGUCAAAGAGAGAGUUCAAAGAGGAGACCUGAUUGUUCAAUACAUACCAACUGAAGAACAAGUGGCUGAUGUAUUUACCAAAGGUCUUCAUAGUCCAAUUUUUUCUCAAACACUGUAUUAA